AUGUCUCGCAAUCGUUCUUCCUUGUCAGGUCUCCCAACCAAAAUAACGAGGCGUUUCACCACUUUAGAAGGGUUCCGGGAGAUUGGAGACCUUUAUGUUGCGGGAUCCAAUGUGCGCGUUUUCUCUGUUCAAAAUCAAUUCGACUCGGAGUUGUAUGAAGACGACAGAACCACGAGAAGUUCAUUCAGCCUACCAAGCCAAAGACGCUCUGAUAUAGUGCUUGGACUUGAAGAAAACAAACGAAAUCCUGAUGACAACGAGGCUGUGACGACUCCUCAGGACACCAAACCUCUUCCCGAAGCGCCCUAUCAUGUCUUUUCCAAUAAAGAAAGAUGGGUAGUCGUGGUUCUGAUUGGAAGUGCAGGACUCUUCUCAGGCCUCUCGUCAAACAUCUACUUCCCAGCUCUGGAUGCAAUCGCACAGGUAUGCCUCUCCUGUAUCUCUCCAUUACUUUGGGGCACCCUCUCAGACACUAUUGGGAGGAGGCAAAUAUACAUUUACUCAUUUCUGGUGUACAUACUGGCGAAUAUCGGCCUAUCUUUCUCCCCAACCUUUACAGUACUAUUCAUAUUUCGCGGACUUCAAGCUGCUGGAAGUGCUUCGACGGUCAGCAUUGGAAAUGGCGUUAUCCAAGACAUCAUCCCACCAGCUGAAAGGGGAGGUUUCAUCAGCUUCUAUCAAGCGAUUCGAAAUCUCAGCAUUGCCGUUGGCCCAGUGCUUGGUGGUAUACUCAAUAAUUUCUUCGGCUUCAGAUCGAUCUUUAUCUUUCUUCUCAUACUUUCAACCCUUACGCUCGUUGCAAUUCUCCUAUUUCUGCCCGAAACCCUUCGUAGCAUUGCAGGAGAUGGCAGUGUGCGGCUCCAUGGCAUUCACAGACCGUUCAUCCGUAGAAGAACAAAGGAAUCCCUUUACGACGAUCCUAGCACUGCCGAUGUUGCACACAAUCGCCCCAAUGUAACGGCCAGAACUUUCGUUGAGCCCUUACUGCUGCUGAAGGAAAAGGACAUCUUGCUCAGUUUGUUAUUUGGCGGUACUGUUUAUGCAGUCUGGAGUAUGGUGACAGCCAGUACUACUGGGAUCUUCAAGAGAAGUUUCCACUUAAGCAACCUGCUUCUCGGACUUUCAUUCAUUCCAAAUGGCCUAGGAACAAUCGUUGGCUCGACCAUAGUUGGCAACCUAAUGAACCAGUCAUACGUUCAAGCGGAGGCAGCGUACAAGGAACGACGUGGCCUCGCGCCUACGUUCGUUUUGUCCAAAAAGGCCAUACCGCUCGAUUUCCCGAUUGAACAUGCACGUCUGCAGCACAUCGGUUGGAUAACCGUGGCUUUUAUCCUCAGCACUGCUGCUUACGGCUUCUCGGUCGCCUUUGACAACUUGACAUCUAGGCCAGGAUGGAUUGCCUUGCCACUUGUCCUACAGUUCCUGAUUGCUGCGACCUCGAAUGCGAUAUUUGCAAUCAACCAGACUAUGGUAUCGGAUUUGUGUCCGGGUAGAGGUGCAUCGAGCACAGCAAUCAACAACCUCGUAAGGUGUAGUCUAGGCGCUAUUGGCGUUGCUUUCGUCGAGAAGAUGAUAGAAAACUUGAGCGUUGCUGGAGCUUUCCUGGGAUUGUCGUUGAUCACCUUGGGGACCGUUCCGAUGGUGGUGAUACAGUGGUAUUGGGGAAGAGAUUGGAGAAGGGAAAGGGGCGAGCGAGGGGCGCGAGAUAAAAUGUAG